CAAUUGACAGACGGAGUGAAUGGAGGGUCACUGUGUGUGGCGUCGGGUCGGACGAACAAGUGGCGGUUGGAUUAUCGGUAGUAGCGCGGACGGGAGAAGAUGGAUGUCGGGUUUGCAAAUGGGGGGCCGCACAAGCCCAGGCUGAGGCAUCGAUAUAGCCAGCAGCCAGCAGCCACACUCCAUCCAUCUUUUUAUUUCUCUUUUUCUCUUUUGCUUUCUUGAUUCAAGACCAUCUACUCGCCGACGCAAAGGAUGCCGAACACUUUGGGCAUCGACCUCUCGCUGGACAGGAUCCGGAAGCUGCUCACGUUCCUCCCGGGCUACACACGACCGACGAUCCACAUCGCAGGGACGAACGGCAAGGGAAGCGUUUCCUCCCUUCUCUCCUCCAUCUUCCAGUCCUCCCACAUCUCCUUCGGACGCUUCAAUUCCCCCCACCUCGUCGCAGUACACGACUGCAUCACCAUCAACGGCCGCACCGUCAACUUUUCAUUGUAUACCGAGGCAUGGAGAUUGGUGAGACAGGCGAACGACGAACAUGGCGUCGGCGCGAGCGAGUUCGAGCUGCUUACGAGCACAGCGAUGCUCAUCUUUGAGCUCGAGAAAGUGGAAGUCGUCGUGCUCGAGGUGGGCAUGGGCGGCCGCCUGGACGCGACGAACGUAGUCCGGGACGAGUGCGUGCUCGUCGAUGCGCUCGCGUCCGUCGAUCUGGACCACCAAGCGAUCCUGGGCCACACGGUCGAGGAGAUCGCGAGGGAGAAGGCACGGAUAGCGAGGAGGGGGAAACCGUUCGUGCUCGGGAGGCAGCGGUAUGCAGAGGUCGUGAGCGCGGUGAGGGAGGAAGUGCUCAAGGUCGGGGGAGACGUCGUCGACGUGUGGCCCGUGCGUCGGAGGGAGUGGGAUCCCAGUCUCGUCCUACCUUACUUCCUGCACCCCGUCAAGGCGCUCCUGCCGCUAUACGGAGCCUACCAGCUCGACAACCUCGCCAUCGCGGCCACCGUCAUCUCGACACUGCUCACACAUCCGUCUUGUGUUGAACGCGCUUCGUCCUGGUUGGGACGGCUUACGGCGGAGACGUUGGCUGCUGGGAUCAAGGCCGCAGGCUGGCCUGGUCGAUUAUCGUUCCAUUCGCUCCCCGUCUCGGCGCGUAUAACUGUCCUCGCAGACGGCGCCCACAACCCCGCAUCUUCGAGCACUCUCGCAUCCUACAUCUCGCAUCUCCUCUCCAGCUCUAGCGCCACCCACACCUCAUCAAACCCACCCCGACCACGAACGAUCCACCUAAUCUACAUCCUCGCCCUCUCCCACUCCCCACCCAAAACCCCCCUCCAAACACUCUCGCAACUCCUC